AUUUAGGAGAAAUAAAGCUACGGAACAAAAGCGCGGAAAUACGUAAAUCUAGUUAAGUUCUAGUAACUUUAUCUUCCGUAUUUCCGCAUUUCCGUAUUUCCGUACGCUCAUGUAAUCGCACCUUUACUCUUACUUCCUACUUCUUACUUCCAAUGUAGACGUCCCUUUACGUUCACGACUACGCUUAUGCAAUUGUAAAAUGGGCUUUAUGCGCGCAUUUCCUACAAUAUGUGUAACAUGAACUAUAGAUAAAUGCGCGUAUACGCAUGAAACGGAACACGGGCAAAGAUGUCUGUCUGUUAAUGAGUGAUGACGAUCCAACAAGUGUCAUCAACAUGAUCAAAGAUCUACGCUCUGGUACAGAAUCUUAUCGCAAGAGUGGUGGAGUUCCAGUGAGAUUCUCAGGAACUGGUUAUAAACCUUUGGUAUUCAAUGAGAGUGAUGAAGACAUUGUCUCACCGAAACGGUCGAAACUCGAAGAGUCUGACACAUCUGUGGCUAAUAAAAGUCAAUCUGACUCUGUGCCAGGCAGUCCUUGGGAAUGGCGACGUUUGAAAGGCGAAGUAGUAUCAUUGAGGACUAGACUAUCUCACCAAGAAGCAAAUGUGCAGCAGCUACACAAGAUACGCAGGCAGUUGGAGGAAAUGUUUGAGAAGGAGAAAGGUCUCUUGGAAAUUCAGACACAACAGGAUAAGCAGACCAUUCAGCAGUUAGAGGUCCGACUUGACAUUGCACGACGAACAAUCCAAGAUGUGAAAGAGGCAAAGACUGUUGGUGAAAAAGAAUGGUGUCAAGUCAGGGCCAAUUUGGAGCAGAAGGUGACAUCUUUACUGAAUGAAAAUGCGAAGUUAACGGAGGAGUUGCGAAAUCCCAAUGCGAAAGAAGUAUCUUCUGCUGCUCCUUCCUGUUCUAAGGAUACCAUUGAAUUCAGUGAAUUGCAGAUGAAGCUGGAAACCGCGGAAGCCAAAGCGAGUAUGCUGGAGGAAAAGAUGAAGGAUUACCACAAAAUACAACAAGACUUUGAGCUGCAGAAUGUAGAAUUGCAGAACUUGAAAAUCAAGAUAGAGAAACUCGAGUCGGAGAGAGCAUUGUGGGAAGAAGGCAAGAUGUUAGUAGGAAGGGCCGCAAGAGCGGGCGAGCUUGAGAAAGAGCUGCACACAGCGAAAAAGACCAUAAUGGUGCUGAAGGAAUCCGUGAAGGAGAAAUUGCUUUUGGAAGAACAGAUCGCUAACAUGUCAAAAAGGCUAGAGCAUACCGAGAAGGUGGAGCAAUUAGCGGCAAUGUUGGAGACGAAGCGAUGUGAGCUGACGCAUCGCUUGCAAGAAUACGAAACGAUCGGCAUUAACGGCGGACCGGUGGCUAUGAAGCGAGAACUCAACAGACUUCAGCAAGCCGAGGUGGAUCUGAGGUCUGAGGAGGGCCAGCUGCGAUCAAAACUGGAUGCGGUUCUGCGGGAGUCGCAAAAUCUGUCGAAAAAUUACGAAGAUGCGAAGAGGCUGGCUAACGACGUGACGUCAUCCAAGGAGAAACUGAAUAAGUUGGUGAGCAGACUUCAGAAAAAAAUGAUUCUUGUUACCAGGGAGAGAGACAGCUACAGGCAACAGUUGGACUGGUACGAGAAAGAGCUAACGAUGGACGGUAAUAACGUAAUGACUGAGAGAAUACCAGCUUUGGAACGCACUAUAGACGGUUACAGAGAGUUGGUCAAUAAAUUAGAAGCGGAUCUCCAAGCGACUGAGGAUGUCAUUCAGAAGAAUGAAUGCAAUAAACUCAAGGAGGAAAUCGAGCAGUUGAAAGGCGAACUCGAACAUCGCUCGCUAAAGGGCGACUUCAAUUGCAAUGUCCGAGUGUUACACUACACGAUGAAUCCCGCGGCGAUCGCAGAGAAACAAGCUGAGGAGAAGCAGGCGGCUUUGUUGCGAGAGGUGGAGGAGCUUCGAGCUAAAAUGGCGACGGGAAAUUUUGGCGCGACCACGUCGUCGUUGCAGACACAAGAAAUCGCGGAGCUGAAGCAGACACAUGAGAUAAAGAUAGCACGUUUGAAGGAAGCGUUCAAAGCGUCGUCGCAAGAAUAUCGCCAAGCGUGUUAUCAGCUAUUCGGUUGGAGGGUGGAUCGCUCAAAGGAAGGUUGUUACAAACUGAUGAGUCAAUAUGCAGAAUCUUCGGACGAUUUCCUCUUCUUCCAUGUAGGCGAAGAAGGUGUAGAUCUGCUAGAAACCAGUUACUCUAUGAACCUAAGCAAUCUGAUCGAGCAAUUCCUGCAGAAACAGCACAGUGUUCCGAUGUUUCUCAACGCUGUACAGUCUGAUCUUUUCAGUCAUCAAACUGUGACCAAUAUCGUGACAUAAUAUCGUUCCAAUAAUCGUUUCAAAUAAAGUUGAUAUUUUCUAUAGUCGGCUAAUAAAUCUUUCGAUCUGAUGUAUA